AUGGGAUGUCUAUUUUCUAAUCCAGAUACGAGUACUGAUAUUCUUGAACCACCUAAACCACAAUAUUCCUGCAAGAUUAAUAAAAAUGAUUAUAUCUUAGAUAAAUUAAAAGAUCAAACAAUUUUUCGUGUUCCAGGCACAGUUGAUGGUCAACAGUUUAUAAUUCAAAAUUGUGAGAAUUGUACAAUUUACAUAUUUGAUCAUACGGGACAAGUUCAAAUUGAUGAUUGUAAACAUUGUAGAAUAUUCGUUGGUCCUGUUCAUGGCAGUAUCUUUAUCCGUGAUUCUGAAAAUUGUAAUUUAGCAACUAUCUGUCAACAAUUUCGCGCGAGAGAUUGUCAUGAAGUGAAUAUAUUUUUAUCUUGUGCAAGUCAACCAAUUAUUGAAUCAUCUCAUCAUAUUCGUUUUGGUUGUUUAACAUAUUUUUAUGAGAAAUUAGGCGAACAUUAUGCAACAGCUGGUAUCAGUCCGUACAAUAAUAAUUGGAGUAAUAUUCAUGACUUUACACCUGUUCCAGACAGUAAAAACUAUUCACUUAUGGAUGAUUCCGAAACAGUCUUCAAGCAUAUACCGGCACCCACUGAUCCAUCAUGUAGUCAUUUGAAUAUAAGUGAUAGCCAAGAUCAGACUAUAACACCGUUUUCAUAUGGCGAAUUAUAUCGUGAACAUAACGUCGAGCGUUGUUUUGUCGUACUAUUCCAUGAGGCCAAUUAUGAUGUUUGUGCUCGUGAACUGAUUAAAAUGCUUCGACCGUUGAAAAUUGUUCUUGUACAAAGUAAAUGUUACACUAUCAACGAAUUGAGUGCUGAUCGAAUAUUUAAUAAUCGAUCUUAUAAUACUCUCGUAACAAAAGAUUUUGUUAGUCAAAAUUCAACAGAUGCUGUUCAACAACUCGAUAAAUUUUAUAAUUUUGCAAGCAUGCAAAUGUUUAGUUGA